UUUAUUUUCCUUUUCCAUUUUUCUUCACAAAAAAUUAAGCAGAGUCAGGGCAAUGGUUUCACUAUGCUUGAAUUCAUUGCCACUUCCAUCUUCUUCAUACCCCAAAAAGCUUACUGAAACGUGCUCUUCUUUUAGUAAUGGUUGUAUCGGAACUGCCUUGAAGCCCAUUGUUGUCAACGGAAAUCCUCCCACUUUUGUCUCUGCUCCUGGUCGCCGUAUCGUUGCAGUUGGAGAUCUACAUGGAGACCUUGACCAAGCAAGAUAUGCUCUUGAGAUGGCUGGUGUCUUGAGUUCGAACGGUGAAGACCUAUGGACGGGAGGAGAUGCGGUACUGAUUCAGCUAGGAGAUGUGCUUGAUCGGGGAGAUGAGGAAAUAGCUAUCUUAUCCUUGUUAAGAUCAUUAGAUAUACAAGCAAAGGCUAACGGUGGAGCUGUUUUCCAGGUCAAUGGAAACCAUGAAACUAUGAAUGUGGAAGGGGAUUUUAGAUAUGUCGAGUCUGGUGCUUUUGAUGAGUGCGCUGAUUUCCUGGAAUACAUGAAUGACUAUGAAUAUGACUGGGAUGAAGCAUUUGUUGGUUGGUGUGGCUUGUCAAGAAGAUGGAAAGAUGAACGGAAGAUUUCCAGAAACAAUUGGGGCCCAUGGAAUCUGGUAAAGAGACAAAAGGGGGUGAUUGCCAGAUCAGUUCUGUUAAGACCAGGUGGUCCACUAGCGUGUGAGUUGGCACAACAUGCUGUAGCUCUGAAGGUUAAUGACUGGAUUUUCUGUCAUGGUGGCCUCCUUCCUCACCAUGUUGCUUAUGGCAUAGAGAGGAUGAACAUGGAAGUAUCUCAGUGGAUGAGAGGUGUCAUUGAAGAGGAUAGUAGUCCUCACAUGCCAUUCAUAGCCACCAAAGGCUAUGAUAGUGUAGUUUGGAACCGCUUAUACUCUAGAGAUAUUUCAGACUUGAAUGAUUAUCAGAUUAACCAGAUAAAUGCUAUCCUUCAAGAGACACUGCAAGCAGUAGGAGCUAAGGCAAUGGUAGUUGGCCACACACCACAAUACUCAGGAGCAAAUUGUGAGUACAAUUGCAGUAUAUGGCGCAUUGACGUGGGAAUGUCCAGUGGAGUUCUUAAUUCCAGACCAGAGGUUUUAGAAAUAAGAGACGAUAAAGCAAGGGUAAUAACGAGCAAAAGGGACAAAUUCAGCGAGCUUCAGAUUGUUGAUUAUUUAUAACCAAGAGGAAGCAAAUAUUGAGGUAUGAGUGAUUAUUUUUCUUUCUGUUUCUAUGAUAAAAUGAGGUAUCAGUGGCAUUAGUCAGUAAGAGUGCUUUCUAUGUAAUAAUGUUUACAUUACAGGAUGCAUAUGGUUUCAACUUUCAACUACAGCUGGAGUUGUAUAAGUUGAUUGAAUCAUCAUCAAGAAAUAUGUUGAACUAGAAGAAGAAAAAGGCGGAUUUUAGUAAACCAAAAGAGAGAUUUCGAGUAAUAUUUCUGGCACGUGUAAGAUUUCGAUUUUAGCAUGUUGCUGAGAAGCUCAAGUUGAUUAUGGCACGUGGUUAGCUUUCAUGUCUGCCUAAUAAUUAUAUUUCUUUCCCCUCUUUUGUCCAAGUCCAACGUAAAGAAACAUAUGACAUGAUUGCUUGAUUUCGAGUAAUAUUUCUUAUUCUUGCAACUAUUUCAAUAGUGAAUUAGCCACGCUUAUAUAUUAGUCUAC